CUUCAACCGCGCCCACACUGGAUUGAAUGCGCAACACACGAUUUGGUUUCGAUCAUCCUCGUAUUAUUGUAUUGAAGUAUUCUAUUCAUUCUUGUCAUUCUUUUAAUAAGACUAUUAUACAAAAGUCAAUACGUACUAUAAUUUUUGCACCCCAAAAUCCUUUUACAAUCUAAUUUGACACUUUAGGAUCUUCCUAGGACCACACCUGGAGUGUGCCCGUAACAAACACAUCUCCUCAGGUUAGUCAUCUCCCCACUGGCAGCCUAAAGUUGUACAUGCCAUUCGGUACCUAUCGCUUUGACGCGACUUCCCGAUUUCGAGCCGCCACCUCUUCUGAACAACCAGUCAAUCCAAAACUCGUCCUCGAACAACAUUUUCGCGCCGAAUAUUCUCAGGCCUAUCUAGCGUAGGCCCCGAUAUACAUCCGACACUUUUCCCGAGUUGACGCAUUUCUCCUACCUGGUUUUUCGAUGUCAUUUCAAUCGCGCGACUUACGUAUGCCUGUUCUGACAUGAGGUUGUCUAGCGGCAUCCAUGCGAUCGCCGACGUCUUCCGACGACGCUGAGGAGCCUUUCUACAUUGAUACCACGCGCGCUCGCUACGGUUACGACCACGAUCAGGAUGAACGGUUUCAACGAAACUUCGCCGGGCUCCGGCCCUGUGCGUGUAGACGGUGUCACCAUUAAGGAGGAAGAACCGGACCACGACCAGGUGAAUGGACAGGCAUUCAAGGACAUCGACUGGGCUGCCCAGGCUGCGAAAGAUGAGGAUGACAUCAGCAAGAUGUUCGAUAUGAAUGGCAAAACACCAAUGAGCGGCGGAAUGUCCAUGAGCGAGGCCCUCUCCCAAUUCGAGAGUAAAGAGAUCGACCAAACCAACAAGGCGGACGAUGCCAUCGAUUUUGAAGAUAUCAGCGAUAGUGACCUGGCUUCUGAAGAUGGCUCUAGCGCUGCCGCAGGUGUUGGCAUCUCGCAAGUCCCUGGCCUUACGGAAGAUGAGGGCACUAGUCAUGAUACCGAAUACAUGGACGAUCUUUUUGGCGGCGGUCCCGAAGGCGAAAACGACUAUCUUCCAUCCUCCCCUCCCCCUCAGGAUACUACGACGGCACAUUCAACUAGCGGUUUGACUAUGCCCAAUAUCCAGAAUAUAGAGAAAGCUCCCGUGGUAAAAGAGAAAGAUGUCACAGAUGAGGCUUGGAAAAACAUGUCAUUCGAGGAACGACAGCGACUUAAUUUCCCCCAAUUGCCUCUAUCUAUCGAUAAGUGGAUGAAUCAGAUGAGCAAGGAAGACAGUACCAUUCAAAGAGCUCCUGAGAGCGUCGAUGAACUCCUAGCGCAAAAAUUCCCAGGCUUCAAGAAACACAAAGUUCUCUUCUUCAACCAACUAUUUCCAGAAUGGCCUGCCGAGUACAUGUACAAGGAGCCUCCCCACAAGGACCGAGACCCUCCCGAAUUCGUACCAACUAAGCUGGAGUUAGAGCUGGAAGCAGAUUCUUCUAAACUAUUUCGGAUCCCGGAUACUGGUCUUACUUCCCAGACAGACACGUACAGCGAUGGCGAGGAUUGGGGUUUGGAUGCCACGGAAAGCUACUCAGAUGACUCGGGCUCCGAACAAACCCCCGUGGGAGGUUUUGUGUUGGACGAAAUUACUACAAUUUGUGACGAAUGGGAUGCGUCUUUGGCCCAGCUUGAGGCUGUGGUUGCCGAGCCACUUGCCAGCUCAAUUGCCCAUGAAGAUACUGCUAAGGAAGAUAUCGUCAUGGAUGAUUGGGAUAAGGAAUUCAUGAAUCAGCAGACUAAGAAGACUCAAGCCAAAUACACGCCUGGCCUUCCUAUUAUUCGGUCAUUUGACACUGCGGGUGUCGAUGACUUCGAGAGAGAGACAAGGCGAUCCAGCAAACGCGUCAGACUCGAAGAGAGCGACCCCUACCUCUUGCUCUGUAAACCAGGCGAGUUGGAGCGGCCGGCUAAGCGUCCUAAGGUUGAAGAGAAGACCAUUCGUAUGGCUAAUGGCCAAUUGAGAAAGGAUGCUCAGAAGCAUUACAAUCUUUCUAAUGAUGACGCAUACGACGCACUCAAGUUGAACCACAAGAGCAAAGUCAGAGCAACUUUGUCGAGUCUUGCUGUCGAGCACAGCUUGCCGGCCCUCAAACUCACGUUUCCCUUCUACCGUGUUAAGGUUGACGGUAAAUUCUGGGAACAUCACCGCAAGAAGUUUGAUAUUGAGAAGGUCGUAAAGCAUGCCAUCGGUGUGCGUAAACCCUCGAAGGUCAAGAAGAGAGAUCUAAAGGGAAGAACUCCGCAGGAAAUCUUCAGAACGACUAAGGAUCUCAGUAUGAAUGAUAAUUCCACCGCAAUUCUAUUCGAAUACUGCGAGGAGUUCCCGAUCAUGAUGUCAAACUUUGGCAUGGGUAACCGCGUAAUCAACUACUACCGCCGAAAAGAUCGCAGAGACGAGGAUAAGGGCCCGAAACUCGAUAUUGGCGAGAGUCAUACGUUGCUGCCCGAAGAUAGAUCACCCUUUUCUAUUUUCGGAACCGUGGACCCUGGUGAGACGGUUCCUACACUCCACAAUGAGAUGUAUCGUGCACCGGUCUUCAAGCAUGAGCCUAGACAGACUGAUUUCCUCCUUGGAUUCUCAACAAAUGCCACAGAGGGCCCAAGGUUCUAUCUUCGCAACAUUGACUACGUGUAUACCGUUGGUCAAUGUUUCCCUUCAGUCGAUGUUCCGGGACCUCAUGCUAGAAAGGUCACUAACACGGCGAAGAACCGCCUCAAGAUGAUUGCGUACCGAAUGAUGAAGAAGAAGCCAACAAAGGACAUUGCACUCAAUGAGCUUUCUCCACAUGUCUUCGAUAAGAUCGAUCCUCAAAAUCGCCAGAAAAUGAAGGAAUUUCUUUUCUAUGAUAAGGAUUCAAAGACGUGGGUGCUCCCUGAAGGUAAGACCUUGUUGGACGAACCUGCUAUUCGAUCCAUGAUCAAGCCAGAGGAUGCCUGCCUCAUCGAGGCUAUGCAAGUAGGUCAACAAUUGUUGGUGAAUGCCGGCUAUGACCCUAAAGAUAAGACGGAUGGCGAACACCCAGCCGCAGAAGGUUCAUUGGCAGCUAGAAUGGCGCCAUGGGAACUGACCAAGAACUUCAACGAAGCUACUCAAAGCAAGGCUAUGGUAGCUCUUCACGGUGAGGGUGACCCCACUGGCCACGGAUUAGGUUUCAGUUUUAUUAGAACAUCUAUGAAAGGUGGUUACAUCAACGCUGUGCAAGGUCCUCUAGCAACCUCGGCGGACGCAAUCGAGCGCGAACGCAAGGCGAACGGUGGUCAUUCGUAUAAUGUCAAGAAGCAAGCAGACAUGUACAACGCAGCUAUUCAGCAAAUCUGGGAAAGACAAAAGUCUACCCUGAGUGACGUGACCACACACGACGACGCUGAUGUUCUCGAUACAUCCAACGAAGAUGAUCGUUUCAAUUCCAGACAGGUUGAGGCAACCCCCGUGCCCUUGGAUGACGGACGCAGUCAAUUCAGUCGCCUAAGCGGAGCAAGUCGCUCGGGCAAGAAGAAGUUGAAGAUCACCCGUAAGAAGAGGAACGAGGAUGGAGAGAUUGUAACGGAGACUAUCAUCUUGGAGAACCCAGUGGUGAUCAGAAACUACCUCAAGCAGCGACGAGAGAAUGAAGAGAAGAACAGAGAUGUCUACAGCCUGCAGCCCACCGCUGACGCGGACGAUAACCGCGAGAAGCAGAAACUUGUGGAGCGAGAACUUUCGCGACUCCUGAAGAACCAGGAUCGCCGCCAAGUCCGCGAGAAGCAACAAGGCAAGAGCAAAAAGAAGAAGAACAACAACAACAACAACAAUAAUGAUGCCGCCGCUGGAUCUCCUGACCCAUCUGCCGCUGACAAGGCAUCCGCGGGUACGACCCGAAAGUGCGCGAACUGCGGUCAAGUUGGACAUAUCAAAACUAAUAAGAGCAAAUGCCCGCUCCUCAACGGCACAAUCCCGACAGACAAUGGUGGUGCUGACCACGGAGGAUUUGGUUCCUUUGGCUCGCAAACCGCCGGAGCAACCCCAGCCAACGAGUAAAUGGGGAAACUAUUUCCUACAAUUGCCCAAUUUCCUUUCCUUGGAGGGAAAGGGGUAAGGUGAUGAACUUGGAUGGUAUACGAAACAUGCGAUCAAGACGAUGGUGCUAUAUCUUCUUCCUCCUCGACGCACUUGUCCCCGUCCCAUCCCGUGCCCCCUUUUCUUCAUCUUAUUUUUUUUUAUAAUUCGAGCGCUUCAUCUCUUACAGGCAAAGUCCUAUGUAUAUUUCCCAAAACGGCGAUUAGGAGGACUAAGGAAGUGGCCAAAUUUGGCAGCAUUGGCAUGGCGUUCGAGGCUUGGCUUGAUUAGCUCCGUGUGGCUAUCACAGGCGUUCAUAAGGGGG